UUCUUUUAUUUAGUACUAGACUAGAUUUUAAUCAUACGUAAGAGCAAAGGUAAAAAGAUUCACAAAAUGUGAGCUCAAUUAGUGGAUCUAAAGAUAAGUCAAGGACGGAAAACUAAAAACUUCUAAGUAAUAGGAGGACUGUUUGUUAAACGCUUCAAGUCUUUCGCCUGUUUCCAGGUUCUCUCUGGCUCCACGCGCCGCCGCGAAACAACUUAGGAAAAUCCAUAACUCGGCGGACGUUGAGAAAGCAGAAAGCUCAGAGAUGCAAGGAAUGUGGAUCCAACUAUGGAGGAAAUACGGCGAUGGUUAGUACAACAAGUUCGAGAGUCUGGGAUAUGAUCGAACCUUACCGUCGACGGUCGACCCAAAACCUUCACAACUCUGGUCACUAUCUAUGUCGCCGCCUUUUUCACCAAGACGACGGCGACUCAAAAUCCCCGGCCGAUAAACCCGCCGUGGACGGCGGCGAUCCUUACCCUUCACUUCUCAAACCUACCGCUGACGAAUGUCGAGACGUAAGGGACGCUUUGUUGUCUCUCCAUGGGUUCCCUCCCGAAUUCGCCAGAUACCGCCGUCAGAGACUCCAAUCAUUCUCCGCCGUAGAUGGUCACGAUGCACCGUAUGCGGUGAAUUCGGAGCCAUUGGAUGCAGCGAAGGAGGAGAAGAGUGAGGCUGAGGAGAGUGUGCUUGAUGGGCUGGUUAAAAUUCUUCUUUCCCAGAAUACAACUGAGACCAAUUCUCAAAGGGCUUUCGCGUCUCUUAAAGCUGCAUUUCCGAAAUGGGAAGAUGUUUUUGCUGCUGAGCCAAAAUCAGUUGAGAAUGCUAUAAGAUGUGGAGGAUUGGCCCCGAAGAAGGCUGUGUGCAUCAAAAACAUUUUGAGCCGUUUGCAGAACGAAAGAGGCGGCUUGUGCUUGGAGUAUCUGCGCGGUUUAACUGUAGAAGAAGUAAAAACUGAGCUCUCUCAUUUUAAAGGAAUAGGACCCAAAACGGUGUUUGAGAUCGCAAAGGCGUUAGGUUGGGUCCCAAAAACCGCAGACAGGAACAAAACCUACGUUUAUCUCAACCGCGUGAGCUCAAGCUGUAAC